UCACGUACCAUCCAUCAGUUAUCGUACCAUCGUCGUCGGGCUAGGAAUGGAUUUCACCGGCAAGGUUGUGCUCAUCACCGGGGCUAGCUCGGGCAUUGGAGCUUCCACGGCCAAAUAUCUCACCAAUCUCGGUGCAUCCUGUGUGCUUGCUGCCCGGAACGAAGCGAAGCUGGCCGAAGUUUGCAAGGAGUGUGCUGCCCUGGGCAAGGCGACUCCGCUGACCGUCGUGACGGACGUGACGAAGCGGGCGGAUCUCGAGCGGCUCCUCAAGCUGACCAUCGCCAAGUACGGCCGGCUGGAUGUGUUGGUAAACAAUGCGGGGAAGGGGGCGGGCGGCAGCAUCGAGGAAGCCGACCUGGACCAGUUCGAUGACAUACUCGACACGAACCUGCGGUCGGUGUUUGCGCUGACCAAGCUGGCCCUGCCCCAUCUGCUCGCGGCCAAGGGGAACAUCGUGAACGUGUCGAGUGUGGCCGGCACGAACUCGUUCCACAAUGCGCUUUCGUACUGCGUUUCCAAGGCGGCACUCGAUCAGUUCACGCGCUGCACCGCGCUGGAUCUGGCCGCGAAGGGUGUGCGCGUCAACUCCGUCAAUCCGGCGGUCAUUGUGACCAACUUCCACAAAGCGAUCGGUAUGGAGGACGAAGCGUACGCCGCCUAUCUGAAGCACUGCGAAACGACGCACCCGUUGGGGCGCGUCGGAACUGGGGAGGAGGUGGCGGCUUCGAUCGCAUUCCUGGCCUGUGAUGCGACGGCCAGCUUCACCACCGGCACCUGUCUGCGGGUGGACGGUGGAAAGCACAUCCUGACGCCACGGUGAAAUGUCUAUCAAUCACGAAUCACGGAUGAGAAUGGAACGAGCGGGAUUGGUUCAAUCACAUUCCAGAAACAUUCUUCGAAUGCUUCGCAUUAGAUAAGCUUUGUAGCGAUGUGACGAUGUACCAAAGAGGGGGAAAACAUAAAUACACGUUGUUGCAUAAUUAAUCUUCA